AUGGAUGAAGCCAAUCACUCUGUGGUGUCUGAGUUUGUGUUCCUGGGGCUCUCUGACUCCUGGGAGAUGCAACUCCUUCUCUUCCUCUUUUCUUCUGUCUUCUAUGUGGCAAGUCUGAUGGGAAACCUCCUCAUUGUGUUUAGUGUGACCUCUGACCCUCGUUUACAUUCUCCCAUGUACUUCCUGUUGGCCAAUCUUUCCAUCAUAGACUUAAUAUUUUGCUCAUCCACAGUUCCCAAAAUGAUUUAUGAUCUUUUAAGGAAAGAUAAAACCAUCUCUUUUGAGGGCUGUGUAGUUCAGAUCUUCUUUAUCCACGCAGUUGGGGGCACCGAGAUGGUGCUGCUCAUCUCCAUGGCCUAUGACAGAUAUGUGGCCAUAUGUAAGCCUCUCCACUACCUGAGCAUCAUGAACCCACGAAGGUGCAUUUUAUUUCUAGUCACUUCUUGGAUUAUUGGCCUCAUUCAUUCAGUGACUCAAUUGGCUUUUGUUGUAGACUUGCCUUUUUGUGGCCCUAAUGAAUUAGACAGCUUUUUUUGUGAUCUUCCUCGAUUUAUCAAACUUGCUUGCAUAGAGACUUACACAUUGGGAUUCAUGGUUACUGCCAAUAGUGGCUUUAUUUCUGUGGCAUCCUUUUUAAUUCUGAUCAUCUCUUACAUCUUUAUUUUUGUGACUGUUUGGAAAAGAUCUUCAGGUGGUGUAUCCAAGGCCUUCUCCACUCUGUCAGCUCAUGUCACUGUGGUUGUUUUGUUCUUUGGGCCAUUAAUUUUUUUCUAUAUGUGGCCAUUUCCCAUAUCACAUGUGGAUAAGUUUCUUGCCAUCUUUGAUGCAGUUAUCACUCCUUUUCUAAAUCCAAUUAUUUAUACUCUUAGAAAUAAAGAGAUGAAGGUGGCAAUGAGAAGAUUAUGCACUCAGUUUGUGAAUGACAGUAAAAUCUCUUAA